UUGGUUACAUUACAACACUGCCAGUGUGUAACUUCUGUGGCCAAAACACUGCUUGAACCACUGUAGGUCUAUAUUCCAGUCGUUCUCUCUCAGUUCUCUUUUAAUUUCAGUCUCUCUCUACCUCUCUCAGGUAACUGAGGAUCAUUCCUUCACCUGAAGUCUGUUGCCGUCUCACUUUACUAACAGACGUCCAUUCAUCAUGAAAAGUUACACACUACAGCUUUAAGUACACCGGGAACAACAGCACCUGCCGCUCUGCUCCACUGUUUGUUUAAUAAACUCUGGAGACACAAACUUUUACUGCCCAGCUCUUCCCCCCUCGAUGCUGAGAUUAAAAUACAAAGAGCCCAAUUAAUCCAUGAGCCCCCGCAGCACCGCUGCCAGUGGCAGCCAACUUGCUAUUUCCUGUUCCACCCACUUGGCUUUAAACAGAGAACAGACCUCUGUGUGGUGUGACCAGCAGAGUCAGAUCACCUCCCUCUGGUCAGACAUCAUCAGGAGCAGGAAAAAGAAAGUCCAGUAAAGUGAGAUUUCUAUGAAAGUGAGGGAUAACGUGUUUUUUGUUUUCUUCUGUUAAUCAGGGCUUUUAUUUUGGAGUUUAAUUUUAUCUCGGAGGAAAAGGAAACUCUUGUGGACUGUUUGUGUCUGGUCCUCCUCCUCCCUCUGGAGGAUGAGAGGGAGUGGAUCACAGUGUGCUGCUCCUCGUCUGCUCCAGCAGCAACAGUCACCUCCUGCUGCCUCCGUCUGACACACAGGAUCUUAUCCACAUGUUGUCAGACACACAAGUGUCUGAGCUCUUUGUGGUUGUGUUUGGAACUUUGUCACAUCCAGGAUCAAGGACGUGCUGCUGCUGCAGCUGCUGCAGGAGUCCAGAGAGUGAACAGUCCCGGACAUGUUAGAGAUCUGAACCCACUGUGAACCAGGAUGGAGCCUGUGAAGAGAGACAUGGAGCUGCUCAGUAACAGCAUGGCGACCUACGCUCACAUCAAAGCCAACCCAGAGAGCUUCGCCCUCUACUUCAUGAUGGGCGUCUGUUUCGGCCUCCUCAUGGCGCUCUGCCUCAUGGUGGCCGCCCUCACCUGCAGGACCCGGCGCCGCAUCAAAGCCCCACCCUCCCCCGAGAGGAGACAGCUGAAGGAGUCCAGUGCAGAGGAGGAGGAGGAUGAGGAGGAGGAGAGCAUCGCAGAGGAAGACUGCGAGGAGGCAGACAUCCCCAAAGUGACAGUGGCGUCCCUGAGCGACCGCAGCAGCCCGUCUAAUGGAACUCUGAGGAGUGUGAACGUGUUCGCCUCCGCUGAGGAGCUGGAGAAGGCCAGGCGUCUGGAGGAGAGGGAACGAAUCGUCAGGGAGAUUUGGAGGAACGGGCAGCCGGACAUCCUGGUCAUGGGGACGGGGACGAUCGGACGAGUGCAUUACCACUAACAGACACUUUGUCUAAGACACUUCACAGACUGCAAAGAUCAUGAUACACAUAUUUUCACCGUGGAAAACAAAAGGGUUCAUGAUAAAGAGAGAUAGAAUUUAAGCAUUGGGACCAUGAGGAGAAAUAAUCAGCCUGUGACAAGGAGAAUAUGACUCUUCUUCUAUGACUCGUUUUGCUCCUUUCAUUGUCGCCCACUUUAUCCUCCACAUGAGGGUCACCAAUCCCAGCUGACAUAGGACAAAA